UAUCCUGCGGCCCAAGUCGUCAUGUCAGGUGGUGCCUUUCGCUGAGCCUCAUGCACUAAGGGCCAGUUUCACAGUUCCCCAUGAUGGGUUAGUAAGCUCCCAAACCAAUACCAGACCCUUCGAAAUUUCCUUGUAUAGUAUCUGGUGUUAAUUAAGUUCACAAAUUUGAUGAAACUAUGCGGGAAGAGUCUUGUGUAUUUAGUGUGGCAUCGAAGACCUUCCCAUUUUGGAGUGUAUGGGAUUCUAUUGUUUGGUUCGGGGUGUUACGAAGACACUGUGUUGGACUGUGAAAUCGGCUCUAAGUUUCGAUACCAAUUAUUAAAGACGCACAUAUUAAAGUUGCAGGCCUCUAAUGGUAUUGUACUCAGACCAGAUAGAUAUUAAUGCGUGUUCCCCCUAAACGUGGGAAGGUGAACAUGUAAGUGAAUGUUUAGUCAAGCAGGUGUCUAGCCAUGAGCCAGCGCGUGCGGGAGUAGCGAGGCGGCGACCCCAGCGACUGAACCUCAGAGGCAGAGUGGCGUGGUCUUCGCCGCCACGAGCACGGCGCCUCGGUCCCUCGCCUCGCCACGCCGCCCGGCUGCACGACACGGCCCGACAAUGUCUCUUCUUUCUUGCUGUAACGCAGUGCUGAAAACUUUGUAGCCGUGUGUAGUCGUGUGCAGGAACCUGAACUUUAUUGAAACGCAGGACUGAGAACUUUAUACUUGUAUCACUUAGUACUAGUUAAAAAAAAAAACUAAGUCACUGAAAUGCAACACUGAAGAUUUUAUUGAUUAAUCAUUCAUUAAUACGUGAGAACUAAAAUUUUGCUGAAGUGAAAGACUAAACCAUACUACAAAGUUGAAACUAUUGAGCUUUAUGGAAAUGCAAGAUUGAUAAUUCCGCAGAUUCAUCACCGGGUCAUACGCUGAGACUUAAAAUUUACAGAAAGACUGAAAAGAUCGCAGUUGUGUCAUCUAGUACAUUGAAAUUAGGGCCCAAAGUGUGCCCUCGAAGCUUUAGUGGGACCUCAGUAGUGCCGCGCCCGCUGAUCCAUAGUCGCAAGGAAGUGAGUGUGUCGCCCCUCUCGCCACCCACGCGCCGCCAUGGACCCCGCCCGGCUGCUGCAGAUCAUCACCAACAGUACCUGGAUGGUAACCAAGCUGGUGGCGGGCGGGCCGGUGGAGUUCGAGCACCCGCACUACGUGGUGGAGGUGGCCGAGAACACCUUGGCCGACCCGCUGCUACGCCUCACCACGCGGGCACACUCCCACGGCGAGAGGCUCGAGUUCAGCAUCAAGGAAGGCAACGAGGAGGGACUGUUCUCGGUGGACAGCUCGAAUGGACUGCUCAGCCUCGUGCAGCCGCUGGACUACGAGGAGCAGCGGCAGUACGAGCUGGUGGUGCGGGCGUCGGCGGGGGAGAGCGGCAGCGAGGCGAGCGUCGUGGUGCAGGUGACGGACCAAAACGACCACGCCCCCGCCUUCCCCAGGACGCUGCACGAGACGCAGAUCACCGAGGAGGAUGACAGGCACCUCCCCAAGACUAUACUGACGGUGACAGCGAGGGACGAGGACGCGGGGGAGUACGGUCACCUGAGCUACAGCCUCGAGGGGGAAGGCGUCACCGGGGACUCCAACUCCUGCUUCGCCGUCGACCCCUCCACCGGCGCCAUCCUCCUCCUCAGGCCCCUGGACCGUGACCCGCCCCACGGAAGGUCUCAGUGGCGUUUACGAGUGACGGCGACGGACGGCGAGCUGGAGGCCUUCACCGACGUGCACGUGAACCUCAAGGACGUGAACGACAACGCGCCCUACUUCCCUAAGGCGACCAUCAAUGCCACCAUCACGGAGAACACGCCGCGCGGAACCUCCGUGGCGCAGGUGUCGGCGCGGGACAACGAUGACCACUGGGAGGGUCACAACGCGUACCUUGUCUAUUCCCUCGAGAAGAACGUGAUAGACGAGACCUCCGGCAGACCAAUCUUCGAGGUGGACAGCGAGCGCGGUCUCAUCACCACGGCGCUCUGCUGCCUGGACCGAGAAAAGACGCCGCGAUACGUGAUCCAGGUGGUGGCGACGGACGGCGGGGGUCUGAAGGGCACAGGCACGGUUCUGGUGGAGGUGCAGGACGUGAACGACGUGCCGCCCAAGUUCAUGCAGCCGGAGUGGAGCCUCGAGGUGCCGGAGAGCCCCGACGCGGCGCCCCUGCUGGCCGCCUUCACCGUGCUCGACCCCGACGACACCAACGCCUUCGCCUUUAGGGUGGUGGCGGGCAGCGGGCGAGGCUGGAGGAUGUUCCGCCUGAGGCCCAGGGCUGACGGAGCGGCGGCGGGGGAGCUGAGUUCCGUGGUGCCGCUCGACUACGAGAACCCACAGCACCGCCAGGGAUUCCGCUUCAGAGUCCAGGUCACUGACUUGGGGGAAGCGGGCUGGGGACGGGAGGACCACAUAGACGAGGCGUGGGUGCUGCUGCGGCUGGUGGACUCCAACGACAACGCUCCGACCUUCGCCAACAGUCACGCCCACCUCACGCUGCCCGAGGACACCCCUGGCGGCACCCUGCUGGCCUCCUUCAUUGCACAGGACGUGGACGGGGGAGGAGAGGGUCAGAUCAGCUACACUAUAGACACCGCCAGUGACCCUGGCGGGCUGUUCUCCGUGGACGAGGCUGGGCAGGUGCGGCUGGUGGGCGAGCUGGAUCGCGAGGCCGCGGCCAUGCACACUGUCCUUGUUCUGGCCACGGACGACGGGAAGCCGCCCAGGACGGCCACCGCCACCCUCACGGUGAAUGUAACAGACGUGAACGACAACCCACCGUUCCUGAAGGAGCCGUGGGAGGUGCAGGUGGUGGAGAACGCUGAGCCGCAGGAGGUGGCGAGGGUGAGGCUCGGCGACCCCGACGACUGGCGGCAGGGGCACGGCCCGCCCUUCACCAUCCACCUGGACCCUCUCGCGCCGCCCCACACGCGAGCCACGCUGAAGGUCUCCCUCAACAAGCGCGGGGACGAGGGCCGUGGGGUGGGGGUGGUGUCCACUCGCGUUCCGCUGGACCGCGAGCAGCACCGGGCGUUACUGGUGCCGCUGGUGGUGGCUGACGCAGGGUCGCCGCCGCUCACCGCCACCGUCACACUCACGCUGCACGUGGCGGACCUCAACGACAACCUCAUGUGGCCCGCCGCCAAGACAGUCACGGCGCUCACCAUCAAGCCCCAGAGCCCCGACGUACCCUUGGGGCGGGUGUAUGUGCGGGACCCCGACGACUGGGACGCGCCAGCAAAGUCGUACGCGUGGCGCUCCUCGGCCCGCCGCCACCCGGCCUUCGCCCUAAACACCAGCACGGGGGAGCUGACGAUGCGGCACGGCACCACGGACGGACGCUACGACUUGGGCUUCACAGUGAGCGAUGCCACACAGAGCCAGUCCGGAGUGGAGGCCAACGUGACGGUAGAGGUGAAGUCCCUGAGUCUCGGGGAGGUGAUGUCUUCCGUGCCGCUCACCCUGGCCAUGCGCCCUUACCGAGUGGUGAGGGAAACGGAGAAAGGCUCGUCCAUCCUGCAGCAGGUAGUAGCGGCGGCGCGGGCGUGGGUGCAGGACGCCGUGCGAGUGGUGGCGGUACAAGGUGUUGGCCGCCACAGCACGCGGGUGUGGCUGUCCUGCCCCACCAGCCAGAACCUGCACCACACGCUGCUCCUCCAUCAGGACAAGAUUAGUAGCUCGUCUGGAGUGGGCAUUUCUCAAGUGGGGGUCGGCGCGUGUCAGGAGGCGCUCCAACGGGACUGUGAGGGCGGGUGUUGGGUGCAGAUGUCCCUGAACGAUGGGUUCAACCUGAUAGACGCCAACACGUCAGCCGUGGCGGGGCCGCAGCUCGGCAUACAAACGGGUUGUGGCUGUAAGCCCGACGCGGCCCCGCCCACAUGCAGCCCAAACACCUGUCUCAACGGCGGCCGUUGUCUGCCCACCCUUGCCGGGGCCAGGUGCGUGUGUCCCCAUGGCACGUGGGGGUCGCGCUGCAAAAUUCUCGACAGGCACUUUACCGGCGGCCCUGACGGCGGGGGAGGCUGGGCUUGGGUACCCUCGCUGCCAUCAUGCUCUGAGAUGCACAUCAGCCUCGAGGUGCUCACACGCUCAGGGGACGCCACUCUCCUGUACUCUGGCCCUGACCACUUGUCGUCCGUGACGGGGGACGGCAGCGACGUGAUGAUGCUGGAGCUGCGUGACGGCCGCCCCGCCCUCCUGCUGGACCUGGGGGCCGGCCCCGUGACCCUCAGCCUCAACGCCUCCUACUCCUUAGCAGACCACACCUGGCACAGACUGGAUCUUAUCUGGAGGAACGAGCAGGUAGAAGUGAUCGUGGACCUGUGCAGCGGCGGCAACCUCGACGACCAACAAACCUCGCCCAAGAAGACUUCCCACGACACGAAUGUUACCACCGCCGCCCUCCUGGCCGGUCCUCCCGACUUUUACAACUGCCGAGUGACCGCGACGCUCCCUGAGGGCGCCCGUCUCCUGAACGUGGGUCAACCAUUGCAGGUGGCCGGCGUGGCGUAUCCCACCCCUGACCACAUCGUACACGGUUGGCCGGAGCCGCUGCUCGCCCCACCCCUGAUCGGCUGCGUCAGGAACCUCAGAGUUAAUGGUCAGCUGAUGGAUCUCGGCCACGGCGUGCUGAGCUGGAGCAGCAGCCCGGGCUGCCCCGCCGCCGAGUGUGUUGGCAGCGGCCUCACCUGCGGCCCACACAGUAGGUGCCGCGGCUCGCCGGGGGCGCUGCGGUGCGAGUGUCUGCCGGGCUGGCGGGGGCCAGGCUGUGAGGAGCCCACCGUGCCCGCCACCUUCCACGUCAACAGUUACGUCAAGCUGGCGCUCUCCUUCACGCCCCUCGCCUACACGACCUCGCUGCAACUCAGGUUUCGCACGAGGCGGAGAAGAGGCGACCUGGUGGUGUUGUCGUCGCAGCAUGGCCGUGACCGCUUCGCCGUGCAGCUGGUGCGAGGACAGCUGUGCCUCGUCCUUCAGCUGCACCCGGAAGACCCUAGCUCCCUCUGCCUCACGCGUGCUACCCUCACCGACGGACGCUGGCACUCUGUCGAGGCCCAAAGGCACGGCUCGGUCACUAUCUUGGCAGUGGAUGACGGUGACGGCGAUCUAUACAACGCCUCGGUGUCGCUGGAUAGCCGCCGCCUGCUGGAGGUAGACAAGCAGGAGGGGGUACACGUGGGCGGCUCUCCGGAGUACGCCGGCGUCAGUGUCUUCAAGAUCCACGGCGACUACCACAAAGGCUGCCUUGAUGACCUGCGAAUAUCAGGGCGGAGGAUGCCGCUGCCCCCCGCCGUCAACAACACCGCGUGGGGCCAGGCAAGCCUGUACCAGCGGGUGGACGAAGACUGUGACGCCCCGCCGGUCUGUGCCAACGUGACCUGCAGGCCGCCGCUCACCUGUGUCGACACCUGGCGCUCUCACCACUGUGGGUGUGGCGAGGGACAGAAGUUGUCCGCCGGCCGAGGCACCUGCGAGGACGUGGACGAGUGUGUGUGGCAGCCCUGCCUCAACGGCGGCUCCUGCUUCAACAAACACGCAGUCGGGUACGUCUGCGAGUGCCCGUCAGGUUUUGGCGGUGAACAGUGCCACAUGCCCGACGCCACCAACACCACGCUCAAGCUCUCCCUCUGGGCCCUGGCGGCGGUCUUGGUGUGGUGUGCUUUCCUGCUGCUGGUGGUGGGCGCCGUCCUCAUCCACCAGCACCAAAGCCGCGGCGGCCUGCGUCGGGGUGAGACUCAGGUCAAGGAGAGCACCAUCAACGGUAAGGGCGCCUCGUCCCCGCGCAGGCGUCCCCCUAACCUUCUGGAGCUGCAGUUGCUGAAGCCGCCGCGAGCUAACGGACAGCCGGCUUGGAGCAGCGGACACAAGGCGGGCGAAAAGGCGUUGCAGUCCGACAGCACCUCCGGAGACAGCACGGACGAGUCGGGGCAUGACGGAGGAAGGAUCGAGUGCGACAAGAAGUGCAAGAAGCGACAGCUGACCUUCACAUGCCCCGUCGAGGACGACCUGAGAAACUACGCUUACGAAGGUGAUGAGUCGUCCCCGGGAUCACUGUCGUCUUGUAAGUGGACCAGGAGAGCAAGGAAUAGAAGGCAGUUAAACCAGGAAGUUUAUCGUAUAUUAUCAAGCAUGGAGGCCUGCGCGGGCACUGCGAAGGUCGUGGGUGCCCUGCCGGAGGCAGCACAUGUUCUUCAGUCCUGGAACUCAUCUGACCCUCAGCAGCCACAAGCCACAGCUUCCAUGGCUACUCUGUUUCCUACGGACAGCCAACAGCCCGUCGCAACUAUCGCUUGCGACAUUCACGCGGCAGACGAGACAACCUCCCUCAGCGUGUAUCCAGACUUGCUGUCUCCACCGAGUGGCGACAUAGUGACCGUCACCAUCCCGCCGGAACUCCUCACCCCACCUGGACCCGCACAGAUACCGAAGCCGCCUCGGGCCUUCAGCACACAGUAGAACCCUUGGCGCGUCUCCCAUCACACCAUAUAAAGGGCUUAUUGUGAACAUUGCUCCACAACACGCCCGUCUGGCUGUACCGGGCGUGGCGCGAAGGGGCUGCUGGUCGUAGAAAUGGUUUCUUAUUUUUUUAAAUGUUUCUAUUUCCAAUAAAAAUCACA